GUCAGUCGGUUGUGUGAAGUUGAUUAGAAUUGAAAGUUGUCAAAAUUUAUCGCUUACAAAGUCUAAAAAUGGUGAUUGUGCCAAAUGUGCAACUGAACAAUGGAUUAACGAUGCCAAUUUUUGGUCUGGGAACUUGGGGUUCACCUCCAGGUCAGGUUGAGCAAGCAGUCAAAGACGCCAUUGAUGCUGGUUACCGGUCAAUUGACUGCGCCCAUGUAUAUCGUAACGAGCACGAGGUUGGCACGGCUGUAAACGAAAAAAUAUCCGAGGGCGUCGUUAAGAGAGAGGAUUUGUUUAUUACCAGUAAACUUUGGAACACUUUCCAUCAUCCGAAAUCCGUUCGAAAAGCAAUCGAAACAAGUUUGAAGAAUUUGAAGUUAAGCUACUUGGACUUGUAUUUGGUUCAUUGGCCGAUGUCGUACAAGGAAGAUGGCGACAACCUUUUCCCGAAAGACAAUAAAGGAAUGUUUAUUGAUGGGAAAGUAGAUUACGUUGAUACUUGGAAAGCCAUGGAAGAAUUGGUCGAUGCUGGUCUAACCAAAAGCAUUGGAAUAUCAAAUUUCAACAAAGGUCAAAUUGAGCGUCUUGUUGCUAAUGCAAGAAUUCUUCCUGCAACGAACCAAGUUGAAUGUCAUCCUUAUUUGAAUCAGAAACGCUUAAAAGAUUUUUGCGAAACAAAGAAAAUUAUUUAAACCGCUUAUGCUCCACUAGGCAGCCCAACGAGACUAUGGGCGGUAAAAGGCGAACCUCAAUUGAUGGAAGAACCAAAAAUUCUCGGAAUUGCCUCAACACACAACAAAACGACUGCUCAAGUGCUACUUCGUUACCAAGUUCAGCGUGGGAUUAUUGUAAUUCCUAAGUCUGUCACGAAAUCUAGGAUCAUUUCCAACAUUGAUAUCUUCGAUUUUACAUUGAACGAUGACGAGAUGAAAGUCAUCGAUGCUUUUGAACGGAAUGGUCGAUUAUGUCCGGAAUCUGGGGCUGUUAACCAUCAAUAUCAUCCAUUUAGGAAUGAUGAAUAUUAAAAAUAUGCAAAUUGCAGCAUUCCUACGAACACUACAAUACAAUUCCAAUGUAAAUUUCUCUUUCCAUAUCUUUUUGCAAUAAACAUUUUUUUGUAUUGCUAUGGAAGUUGAAUAUUUAUCUAUUUGAUAAAGCAGAAAAUAAAAAGGCUUUGUUUAUUUUUUCUCGCCCUACUGUGCCCACUCGAA